UGAUUAACAUUGCUAUCCAAGUUUUCUUUGUUUCAAUAGAAGGACACCUCAUUGACGUGUUUUAACUACUUAGAACAGCUUGAAAAGAAAAACGAAGAGGCAAAAAUGGCGAAAGCAGCAGCAUGGCAUGCUUCAUUUACUUCAUAUUCAUCAUCAUCAUCAUCUCCUUUUGCAAGGAAUCCAAUGGUACCUGUUGGAUUUUUUCUUUCAUUUUCACCCAGACUCCACACUUUAUCUUCGGCUUUUCCUUCAUUUUCUAUCAAAACAAAAAGACCCAACAACUCUUUUCAAGUGAGAUCUGUGGCUGCUCCUGCAGAAGAUGUUGCAGGAUUUGACGAAAUGGUUUCCGGGACCGAACGCAAGUAUUACAUGUUAGGUGGCAAGGGAGGUGUAGGGAAAACAAGUUGUGCAGCUUCACUAGCAGUUAAAUUCGCAAAUAAUGGACACCAUACUCUGGUGGUUUCGACUGAUCCGGCUCAUUCCUUGAGUGAUUCUUUUGCUCAGGAUUUGACUGGAGGGAUGCUAGUGCCAGUUGAAGGACCUGACUUUCCGUUGUGUGCUCUUGAGAUAAACCCGGAGAAGGCUAGGGAAGAGUUUCGAGAUGCAACCAAGAAUAAUGGUGGAACUGGGAUCAAAGAAUUCAUGGAUGGCAUGGGCCUUGGGAUGCUUGUAGAACAGUUAGGAGAGCUGCAAUUGGGAGAGCUGCUCGACACUCCGCCUCCUGGUUUAGAUGAAGCUAUUGCAAUUUCAAAGGUGAUGCAAUUUCUUGAAUCACCACAAUAUAAUAUGUUUACUCGAAUAGUUUUCGACACUGCGCCAACGGUGAGUGAUGAGUUUAUUCUUCCUAUUAUGUGGCACUUGAUAUUCAAAAUCAACCAGAUUCGGCUUAGACAGAAGAUUGCUUCAGCCACCUCCGCCAUAAAAUCUGUUUUCGGGAAAGAAGAAACCCAACAGAAUUCUGCUGACAAGUUGGAGAAAUUGAGGGAGAGGAUGGUAAAAGUGAGAGACCUUUUCCGUGAUGCAGAUUCUACGGAGUUUGUCAUCGUCACAAUCCCGACGGUGAUGGCGGUUAGCGAGUCCUCCAGGUUAAGUGCCUCCUUGAAGAAGGAAAAUGUUCCUGUGAAGAGACUAAUUGUUAAUCAGAUUCUUCCUCCAUCUACCUCUGACUGCAAGUUUUGUGCAGUCAAAAGGAAGGAUCAGAUGCGUGCUCUUGAUAUGGUCCAGAGAGAUCCCGAGCUAUCAAGCUUGAAGCUGAUCCAGUCACCCUUAGUUGACUUGGAGAUUAGAGGUGUUCCGGCACUUAAAUUUAUGGGUGACAUUGUCUGGAAAUAAGUCAUCACUAUGGAAGUUUCAGGCAGCCACGAAGAUGAAAGUUCAUAAAUGCUCAAAAGCUUGAAAUUGGGUGAUG